GUCCGGAUAGAAAACGUGCCUGGGAUUGCAAGGGCUCGCUUUCGGCACACUUCUUUGAGAAUUAUUUAAGGCUUAGGAGUUUCUGUGAAAUGAAUAUUUGAUGUGGAGGACCUGAGUGUCUCCCGACGAGCCCAGAGCAACACUUCAGAGAACGACUGGGCUCCCUGGUGAGAACUGGACUCUGGUGCUGCCUUGCCAUUACGGUGCGGAAACGAUGGGACCAGGUCUGUCCCGUUUCACACGGUGUUAUGUAACAGACAUGGAAGGCAGAGCAUCGAGAUAGCACAAGCCACAGGGUUAAAGUCCCACCGGCUGCACUGAGUCUGACCAGAGAGGAUGGCUGCGUCCAUGUGGAGAAUGAAUGGGCUCUGGAGAAGGAUGGCUGGAGUUCUGGUGCUCUUUGCUCUAUUGCUCAGCAAUGAGGUGAUGUGUCAAGAUGAUGCAUCAACAGAUGCACCAACAGGUGCACCUGCAGCUGCAGACGCCAGUGCUGCGACAGAUGCUCCGGCCGCCCCUGCAGCUCCUGAUGCCUCUGCCGCCCCGGAUGCAGGUUCUUUACCUACUGAUGCUGCUGGUGGAGAUUCUGCUACUCCUGCUGUAGAUUUCCCAGCAACCAUUAUAAUGAUGUCACCAGGGGACAGUCUGGACGCAGGCAGCUCCGGCACCACUGCGGCCCCCACUGUCGAGGACAUUACGACCCCAGCUGUCCCAGUGGUGCCUGACGUGGUGUGUGUUGGAAAGGAGGACUUUCCGAGUACUUUUGUCCGGGCUGAGCUGGGAACACAUGAUUGUGAAGAGACUAAACGUACCAUAGAAAAUAACCCUGCAGUCUGGUGCCACAAGGAAAACUGUAAACCUAAUCUAAAAAUCUUCCAAGAUGGCAAAAACUUGCAGAUUGCCAGUGAUGAUGUUGACCCACAGACACUCCAGGGUGCACUCCAGGGUAAACAUUUGAAAGAGAAGCUGGGUGUGACAGCAACUGAGAUGCCAUCUUCAUCAUCAGGGUAUUCUGUAUUUGUGGGAAUACUGGUCACUGGUCUGCUUGCCGCACUUGCAAUUACUGUAGGUUACCUCAAAUGCCAGCGCAGGGGUGACACCAAGGGAGUGAAGUUGGCAGAGGAGGCCUAUCCAGUCGAUCAGGACAACCAGGGAAACACUCUUGUAUCUGUGGCCCCCCUCAACCCCCCUCCGGAAAACCCAGAGAAACCCAGCGUAAAUGGAGAGUCCCCGGAGGAAGUCAAGACCCAGCCUCCUCCCCCCACCAACGGCACCUCCACCACCAAGACAGCAGACACCGAGCUGUGAGAUCGUCUACAAAUAAUUGCAGCCCAGGAACCACCCCCACAAACACACACACACACACAAACACACACACACACACACACACACACACACACACACACACACACACACACACACACACAUGCCUAUGCAAACUCACCCCUCUUUCUGAAUUCACUCCUGCCCUAACCACAGAGAGUCCACAGCAAAGUGGACAUCAGGGACUACAACAAUUUCCUACAUCAACGCUCCUCUUGUUAUGGUCCUCUUGUCUCUCUCUUUGGCUACGUGCCUCAGUAAACAUCAGGAAAACUAGUCUGACGAUGACGAUGGUAGCGGUGAUGAGUGAUGUCGACAAUGACGAAGGCUCAGUCCCUGGGUUGUUGACGGCAGUCAGGCUGGAGAUGAGAGACAGGAGAUGGGCAGUUCUGGGUGGGAAGAGAGUGUAUUUUAGCAUUAGUCAGCACUGGUUCCCAUGAUGACUGUGGCCUCUGGAGUCACAGCCAUGUGCUGUCAACACUCCGCAGGGUCUCUGCAUGUCAUCAGGUUUAAAGCUGCAACCAACCCUCCACUAGUAAAUACAGCAUAGGCACAUCAAUGAAAUUGUUCCUUAGUUUAUUGUAAAGCCAUGACAGACGGAGAGGAAAUAAAUCACACUGCCUUGAAAUCUGUUUACAGACUCAGAGAGAAAAACCAUUGAGCUCUGAUCUUGUCAGAUUGAGUUAUUGAUUGUGUGCGAAUGUGUGUGUGUACCGCCUUCAAAUCCUGCAUGUGUGUGUUAACGUAUACUUGCAUCUGUACUGUGCACCAACUGUAUGUAUAUCCAUACAUGCAUCUAAGCUUCCCUCGCUUUACUGUAUGUGUGCGUGGUUGAUGACAAGUGAUAGUUUUUCAUAGAGUGAACGAUGAGUCUGAAUGUGCAUGUGACAUUAGCCAGUGUUCAAUUGUACAAAGUGUGAAGAAGUGAUAGUCCACCGAGCCUCCUGCAGUGAGGAGAAUUGAAGGAGCAUUGAAUUUUUUCAUCACACCAUUUUCUUGAAGAGGUGAAGCCGCAAGGAGUUCUUCAAUCUAUCACUGCAAACUGUAGUGAAAUCAAUCACAAAGCCAACAGGCCUCUUUACAGUGGCUUUCAUAGUCUCGCUGAAACCAAAGAGACUGAUCGACAGACUCAUAAAGGCCUAGGACGCAGAGCCUCUUAACUGUCAACUCUGCCCGUCCAUUUGUCAGUGUUAUUCUCUUUUCAAUAUACUGUGUAUUCUCUUUUUACUAUCAGUAUUCUAUCGAGCGGUGUGUAAAGUAUGAUUUGUUGUCUUGUUUUUAUUUUGUGUACCAACACUUGUGUUCCUUUUAUGUGCCAAAGAAUUCCAUUUCAUAUCUUACUAAAAUAUGUACUUCUGUGUUCAUAAAAUUUGAUCCAGGUUGUACAGAACAUGUUGAAAGGCUAUGACUGUUAUAAAGAAGCAUCUUGUCACCCUAAUCUGUUGUUUUCUGUCCUGUAAAUGCAGUUUUUUACUGACAAAUACAAAAGUAAACUACAAUAUUUUGUAGUCAAACUUGAACAAAGCAAAAUAUUCUGAUAUAUAAAUGGGAUGUCUUGCAUUAAUUUCUCCUUUCAGUCCAUUUUUUAUAUAUUUUCAUUGCUAACAUUCCAAUGUGACUGUUUCAUUUUACUAGCACCCUGUAGUUUGAACGGAAUAAACAUGAAAAAAGUGAAAAAUGAAUAACUUUUAAAGAAUUGUCA